AAAAAGUCCCUAGAGUCCAUAAACUCUAGGCUUCAGCUGGUUAUGAAAAGUGGUAAAUAUGUGUUAGGCUACAAGCAGACUCUGAAAAUGAUUCGACAGGGCAAAGCCAAGCUGGUCAUCCUAGCCAACAACUGUCCUGCUUUGAGAAAGUCGGAGAUCGAGUACUACGCUAUGCUUGCCAAGACUGGCGUCCAUCAUUAUAGCGGGAACAACAUUGAAUUGGGCACCGCGUGCGGAAAAUACUACCGAGUGUGCACGCUGGCCAUCAUUGACCCAGGUGAUUCUGACAUCAUUAGAAGCAUGCCAGAACAAACCAGUGAGAAGUGAAUGCUGUAAAGUUGUUAUUUCUACAAUAAAACUGGUUACAGAUAUGUUUUAAGAAAAAUUUGUAUUAUACCUUUGCUGGUUUUAGGGAACAAACUAUAUAAAUGAAGAUUCAUUACAA